AUGCCGCAAAACUGCAGGGUGGAUAUGAGGAUGGCAGAGUUUGAUUUGCCAUGCACCCGGCCCAUGAAUCAAAUCCGUGGCUUCGAGGCAGAGACAAAGGAGACGCAGAGGACACAUCGCACCCGCGAGACUCUGCGACAGCUGGGUGCGAAGAAGGACCUUCUGAACUUGGACUCCUACCUUUUGGACAGGCCAGAUACGGUCAAUAUGCCAAUCCAGUUUGACCAGGGCUCCCUGCUACACAUCGCUGCCAUGAGGGGACACCAGGACAUGGUUCAGAUGCUAGUGCACCAGCGAGGGGCCGACAUUGAUCGAGGCAACUAUGCGCAGCAAACAUCCUUACAUACAGCCUGUGAGGGGAACUAUGCAAACAUUGCGGUUGAUUUGCUUGCAGCAGGUGCAGAUGCGGACAAGCGAGACAGUCUGAAGCAAACUCCAUUGCAUCGAGCUGCACACAGCGGAGCUGUUGACUGCAUCCUGGCACUUCUGGAGUACGGUGCCAACGCCAAGCUUCGAGACGAGGGUAACCUGAUGCCAAUUCACACUGCUGCUUUGCGUGGGCGGGAUGAAGCACUCCGAUUGCUCAUCUCCCAGGACCCAAGCUCUGCCAAUGUCGAGGCAGAGGGCUGGACACCUUUGCAUUUUUCCGGCCAUGCUGGGUUCCCAGCUGCUUUGGAGGCCCUGCUUGAGUGUGGUGCCUACCUGCAUGCCGUGGACAAGGAGCGCAUGACGGCACUUCACAGAGCUGCCACUUCGGGCAGCGAAGCAGCAUGUCAGGUGCUAUUGAGAGCAGGUGCAGACUUGGAAGCAACAGAUAGCCUCAGAAGGUUACCCAUCCACCUUGCUUGUGAGGAGGAAUGCUGUCACGUGGUACGCUUGCUGCUGGACGCUGGAAGCCCUGUCGAUGUCCUGGAUGCUCAGCGCAGGACUCCGCUACUCAUUGCCACUCGAUCUGGGAACAUUGAGCUGUGCGAGGCUCUCUUGACUUGGGGUGCGGACCCAAACUUCGGCGACACUUCUCGUGGCAUCCCAAGUGCCGUGGCACUUGCCCGGCGAGGCAAUGAUCCUGCUCUACGCAAUCUAAUGGAGGAGUAUUCUCGUGCCGCAGCAGCAGCUGCCGUAGUGCCUAUGGUUCUUAGUGAAGAUCGGCAGGCAGGGGACCGCCCAGCUGAAUCUUGA